AUGCUGGAAGGUACAAUCUGCCAACUUACCGUACAUAAUGGCGCAUCACAACUCGAAAGAAUUGGACAAGGUUUUUGCGGAUCUGUUUGGGGAGAAUUAGGAGACGGCCAGUCAAGCUCAGGUCGACAAUUGGCUAUGAAACGAGAAGAUGGCGGCCCCGGAAGAUCAAUCACCAACGAAUAUCACAUCCAUGUACGAUUGCUGGAGUGUCUAAAAUCUCUCGAUACUUCUCAGAUUUCAGCAAUCUUUGGCGCUUCUGGGAUUCCCUUCAAUAUUCCCGAACCCGAAGCUUUCAUCAGCGAAGACGCUCCUGAAUGGGCUUACAUCCUCCCCCGACUCCCUCCCGGCUAUGCACCAUGCAAGGCCAUAAUCAGCGAGAAGAUAAUGCCCGUCGACCAGCAAUGCCGUCGAAUGAUCAUAGAAAACUUUAUUCCCGGCGUGGAUACCGACAAGAUUUUGGAAACCCAGACAAACAAACACUGCCUAAUCCGCCCUUACCUUGGCCGCCGCAGAUUCCAGGCUGAGUCUGAAAGACCUCGGCGCCUCCGAGCGUACAGUUUACGCAAUUUUCCACUCCAUAUCGACCAAAUGGAAAAUAUCGGGCUCACAAUCCAUGACUAUGCUAUGUCCAUGGCUGAUGCACUUGCAUUCCUUCACUGGAUAGCCAAGGUUGAUGCAAAUGAUGUAGAGUUCGUUCUUGCUCAGCCUCGAUCAAACGACCCGUCUAUUAUGAACUCUUCUAAUUUGAAUCAUUCGGACGUCUUGGGUAUUCAUGCAAUCUGGAUCUUGGAUUUUGACUGUUGCAACGACAUUACUCUAGACGAAAGCGGCAUCGAUAAGGCUUGCAGAUGCUUUUGGCGAAAUGACCCUUUUUACCCACGACCGGGUAGCUCAAAUGCCUCUGACCAGAAGCUGUGGGAAAGUUUUCAAGAUCGUUUUCUUACGACCAGCGAGAGAAUUUUGAAGGAUGAAACAUUGGCGAUCAAACAACUUCCAAGGCGUCUUAUUGAGAGAAUCAUUCAGACACGAGGCGUGUUCUUAAGAGGCUGA